AUGUCAAAGAUCGACGCAACGCGCUACCUGAACAUGAACUUCACAAACGACGACACGCUUCGCGUCGUGUUUAGUGUCGCAGCCGCCCUGCCAGUCGUCUACAUUGGCUUCCAGGCUUUUUGGUGGGCCCUGCGCCGCUACAUGAUCGAGAAGACGACUGCGAGAAACCAGACGCAGACGAUCGGCAAGCCUCGAAAGGAUGGCAAGCUCAGGGGCACAUGUGUCGUAGCUGGUGGAAGCAUCGGCGGCCUCGUCUGCGCCCGUGCAAUGACGUUCCACUUUGAGAAGGUCAUCGUUGUCGAGCCCGACGAGAUUCUGGUCGACAAGCGAUCCCGAGUCGGACAGUGGGGACAGAUUCACGCCUUCCACAACAUCAUCGUCAAGUCGUCCGACGCCCUGUUCCCUGAUUUCCGCCGCGACGUCAAGGCCAUCGGUGGCCACUUUUUCCACCCGCACUCAAUGUACUGGCAGCUUGGCAAGGAUAUGAUGCCGUUCCCACCGAGCGACGAUGACUGCGAGGAGCUUGGCAUGACGAGAAUGGGCCUCGAGACCAUCAUCCGCCAAAAUGCUUUCAAGAAAGAGUACGGCAUCGAGUUUGUCGCUGGCACCGUGGUGGGCGCCACCCCAGACGCAAAGGGCGAGCGUUUCCAAGGUGUGCACAUCCGCCGCAACGAUGCAAAGACGAGCUACUACCAGGAAGCCGAUUUCGUCGUCGAUUGCUCGGGACCGGUCUGCGCAGGAGCCAAGUGGAUCCAGAGGCCGCUGUCUCGCGACGGCACCUCUGCCAGCGAGGUCAAGACCAAAUGGGGCCCAGUUCAGCGAUCGCAGUACUUCCCCGACGUGGCCUACUCGACUUCGGUGAUCACAAUCGACGAAAAGCUCCUCAAAGAGAGGCCGUCGCUCCCGCGCAACCCAAAGAGCUGGGACAAUGCCGGCUUCCUCCAUCUGGUGCACCCUUCGCCCUCUACGGAUCCCCGUGCUUCGAUGAUCUUCAAUGCCGAAAAAAACACGAUUGUAUUCUCUGCUGCUUGCAAGGGCCUGGCUUCUGAGCUUCCCGACGAUCUCGAGGGCUUCCGCAACUGGGCCGAGAGCAUCCAGAACACGACGGGCAACCGGUCGCUGCCCCCAUACGUACUCGACAUCAUCGACAUUGCCCAGCGAUCCAAGGACGAAUUUGGCCAUGACAUCGUCUUCAACAAGUACAAAUUCACCAACUGCCACCUGCUCAAAUACACCGAGACAAAGGUUCCUCACAACUUUGUUGCUGUCGGCGAUUCCCUCGUCAGGGUCAACCCCAUCUUUGGCAUGGGCGUCUCCAAGGCCUUUGUAGAUGUCCUCACCCUGGACCAGAUUCUGCGCGAGAAGGCUUCGGCUUCUCGCGGGAUCCCCGACCGUCUCUCCAAGGCUUACUUUGCAAAGGAACUGCCUCGCGCAGACUGGCUUCUUCAGAUGACCAAGGACCUUGACUUUGGAUGCAGCUACGUCAAGCCCCUGGACCCAGGCUCGAAGCUGUCUCACGGCGCACCCUUCCGCUGGUUCGUCGACGGCAUUCUCACCGUGGCCGCUCGCAACCCUAGCGUCGCAAAGACGGUGGGACGCGUCUUCUUCUUCGAUGCUCCUCCCCUCGAUCUCAUGGCUCCCAGCCUUGUCUUCAAGGCCGUCAAGGCAAACCUAUUCGGCUAAUAGUCUCUUCGCUCGAGAGACUCGCGCCUACAAACCCUCUUUCGCUCCCCUUUCCCCCUCGUUCUCUUCCCUCUCUGUCACCUCGCCCGACCUUUCCUACUCUCACGCCGGAAAAGAGAGCUGCUUUCCCUCCCCCUUUAGAAGACAGCUGAGCCUCUCGAAUGUUGACGUGGCACCCCUACUCGUUCCACACCCAACCUCACACCUUGUACUUCCCUCCCUUCUUCUUUGAUA